CACACACACACACACACACACACACACACACUAGUAUUUUAACAGCUGAUUCCAUUGACCAACAAGGUAAACAUACUCCAGCUUUAUGACAGCUGUGUCACGUUGAGAGGAUGGUUUGGACCCAAAAUGCAGUAACCCAGGAUGACACGAGGCAGAAGUGGAUAUGAAGUAAAAAUCCUUUAUUUAGGAGGCUGGGCAUAAAUCCAAAAGCAAAUGCUGACAAAAAGGCAAAACAGAAGCUCUUUCAUGAGCAAGCUCAGGAGAACACUUGAGACGGACAAAAACAACACUGACAAUGAACCAACAAACACAGAGUGACAAGACAGGGCUUAAAUAGACUGGGAAGAUGAGAGGGAGAUGAACUGCAGGUGUGUGGGGAGAGGGACCAGGUGAACACAAUUACUAACUCAAGGAGGAGGAAGAAAACACUGGUGGGGAAAACACACUAAAUGAUGAAAGGCUGUAACAAAGGAAAAAUGAGAAAAAACAAAAGACCAGAAGGCAUGAACCAUGACUAAUAUUCUAAGGGGAAACUGACACUAAAGGAAAACACUACAGAAAGAAACUACAGGGGCGUGGCUAAGAGGGGGCCAAGAGAGCACAGGACCUGGGAGAGGGAUGUCUGAGGGGGGAAACCUAGAGGGCAAACGGGGAACACCAGGAGACACAUGAGGAGAUGCAGACAAGACACAUGAGGGCGCUAGAAAACACAAAAGGAGAACCUGGUGUGGGAACUGGAGGGGCUGGGGAACAAAAGGACACAGAACAUGACAAGCUGUGUAAAUGGGUGCCUUCACAAUCACAAAUUAUUAACCCAACAAGUUCUGAUCAAGAAUCAGAAAAGAACAAAAAAACUGUUUGAACAACUAAACUCCAUUUUUCAAUCUGUAACAUUCUGCCAAGCUGAGCAGCAGUGAAGUUGGACAGCAUUGUCCUCUUAGACCAGAUAACACUCGCACUUCCCACUACCGAGUGAGAAGGUGGGAAAUCAAGCAGUGUGAAGGCAAAAAGGGACACGCAGUUCCUUUUUUUAUGAAGCACUCCAGCAGAGAGUAUUUUCCACCUGACACAUCCCUUAAUGGAACUUAUGUGGAGUCAGGAGGAGCAGCCGGACGGGGCAUGGCUUUGGGCAGACUUCUGCUGCUCUGUGCGGUGGCCUGUGAGGUGUGGGACACCGAGACAAAACCAGAAGAUUUUGUGUGCAGCAGAGCUGCCAGAAAGGCUUUAAAUAUAGGACCAGAACUGGAAAUUGCACUGAGUGAGUGUGUCAGCUCCACGAUUCUCUCCACAUCAUUCCAGUUACCCUGCACCCAGCUUCACGUUGCAACUUGGGAAACUAAAUCAGAUAAAGAAAAGCAAGGAGACGUCGUUGCAUCACUGAGGCUCCUCAUUGAAGGUGUAAGGACGCUGAGAACAACAGCACAAGCAGGAUGCGAGACUGUGCUUCUGCAGAGGCUGGAGAACAACAUUCAGAACCACCUCCUCAUACUCACACACCUCCAGCUGAGCGGACCAGUUCCGCCUCCGUCGCUCUCUUGUGUUCCUCCAAGCACUCGUAGUCUGAGGACAGUCCUACGAAGCUACACUCUUCUGAUUUCAGGCAAGCUGGAGCGCUUCAUUGUUAAUCUGGGAGACAGAUGCACGUCUUAGGACCACAAGGAGGAUCCCUCUUAUCCCACUGGGAUUGAACUUAUUAUGACUGGAGCGCUGAGUCAAUAAAAGAGGAGGCCUGUGGAUGUUAAACAGCAGGAAGGCUCAAGAUUUUCUUUCCUCGCUGGUAAAUAUGCAUUUACAAAAAAAAAAAGGUUUUGCAAACAGUGAAACUGUCAAAGAAAAAUGGAAAAUGUUCAGGAUGUUGAAUGAAAGUAAAAGUCAGGAUUCUUUGAAUGUCAGAGUUAAAGGGUGAGGCUUUUUUUGGUAACAGAUAUUAAGUUUCUCACAGCAGUUGCAUCAGAGAAUUUGACAGCUGGUUUAGGGUCAAAGGCCAGACAUUCAACUUCAAUAUUUUUUCUGCUUGAUAGCAGAAAUUAUAGUCACCAGAACCUGAAGCACCAGAGCAGCUCCAAACCAUCCCACUACCGCCUCUAUGUUUAAUUGUUGAUCUCUUUCUGAAAUGCAGUCACCCCUUCUUUCCACUGGCUAUGAAAGUGGUGUGUGAUAGCAAUGUUAUACCUGCAAACUUCCUUCCAACCGGGAGCAGUUCUGAUGCAAAAUGGGAGAAAAAGCGUUCCAACCUGUGAGGUGACAAAAUCUCGGAAGAAUUACAACACCGCGUGAUUUCAGAAGUCCACCUGCAUCGAUCCAAAAAGGUCUGUGGUUUAUUUUCAGUCCUGUUUACAUCGGCUACGGGGUUUUACAGGAAAUUACACACUUUUAUUUUGAAAGUUUCCAGGUGUUUUACACUGCUUUCAUGUUUGACUUCCUGUCUGGCUCGAUCUGAACUGCGGAGUUGGACGUGUUUUCAAGGACAAGGUCAGCUUAGCGCCUUACUGUUGGUCAUGCAACUCAAAAUGCUAAAGAAAACAAAGCCAUGAAUUAAACAUGCCCAAGUAAAACAUGUUAAGGAUUAUGGCAUCAAAAACAACAAAUAUAAACAACACCACGAGUUCAAAGAUGAGAACAAACAAUAACUACGAGAUCGGACAACAAGACCACAGUAACUAGAUAAAAACGAAUAGAUGCACAAAUCAACCAUUAUUAAAAUAAAUACGUUUUAUGUUUUGCUCCAUGCUUUGAGAAGAUCUCAGGGCAGGCGGUUCCAGAGCCUAGAGCCAGCCACUGAAAAGCUCCAGGUUUUGGAAGCAUAGCGCCUAAAAAAUUGACUCAAAAUGUAAUGAUAGCUUCUCUUCGUGUCCACGUCACACUUGGCUACCGGUGGAAGGGAGCCCGUGCCCUAAAACGGUGGCUAAAUGACAUGUAGUACAGUUUGCGGUCAUUUUGCAGCUGCUUCACAUCCAGUGGAAAGAAGUGGUCAGUUGUACAGCAGAUGUGACAGGACUGACUUCAAACGUGACCUGCAGUGCUUUAGAUGUUGUUUAGGAGUUUUGUUCCUAUAGUGGAUGUUGUGUUGCUUCUUGAGGUCUUUUAGCCUACUUCACGUUGUCAGUGAUGCAGGUCUGGCACUAAUAAGACCUUAGUGUGGUGAUAGCAAAACUGAGAUCAACUGCAGUUAAUCCAUAAUUGAAUAGGGUUGGGUAAGGGGGCAUUACUUAUUCACACGGCCCUUGAACAAUGAAAUAAUUAAGUUGACACAGGCAUUUAAAUUUACCAAGGUUUUCUUUGUCUGAUGGGGAUUUUUGUUUUCUGGUGUGAAACAUUCAAGAGUUACAGAAAGAAGAAAAUGGAGAAAAAAAUCCAAAUACAAACUUAUUGUUCCGACUUUGAAUAUUGUAAAUGUACAAAAAUGUUGUCAAUAAAGAAAAGCAGCUA